AUGCUGGUGCUGCUGGCCGCCGGCGUGGCGCUCGCCGUGGCCGCCGGCGCCCAAGACGGCCCGGCGCCCGGCAGCCGCUUCGUGUGCACGGCGCUGCCCCCGGAAGCGGCGCGCGCCGGCUGCCCGUUGCCCGCGAUGCCCAUGCAGGGCGGCGCGCUGAGCCCCGAGGAGGAGCUGCGGGCCGCGGUGCUGCAGCUGCGCGAGACCGUCGUGCAGCAGAAGGAGACGCUGGGCGCGCAGCGCGAGGCCAUCCGCGAGCUCACGGGCAAGCUGGCGCGCUGCGAGGGGUUGACGGGCGGCAAGGCGCAGGGCCCGGCCGCUACAGGCAAGGACACUAUGGGAGAUCUGCCUCGGGACCCCGGCCACGUCGUGGAGCAGCUCAGCCGCUCGCUGCAGACCCUCAAGGACCGCCUGGAGAGCCUCGAGCACCAGCUCCGAGUGAACGUGUCCAACGCAGUGCUGCCCAGCGACUUUCGAGAGGUGCUCCAGCGGCGACUGGGGGAGCUGGAGAGGCAGCUACUGAGCAAAGUGGCGGAGCUGGAGGAUGAGAAGUCCCUGCUCCACAAUGAGACCUCGGCUCAUCGGCAGAAGACCGAGAAUGCCCUGAAUGCUCUGCUGCAGAGGGUGACUGAGCUGGAGCGAGGCAACAGUGCGUUCAAGUCUCCUGAUGCAUUCAAAGUGUCCCUCCCCCUCCGCACAAACUACCUGUAUGGCAAGAUCAAGAAGACACUGCCUGAACUAUACGCCUUCACCAUCUGCCUGUGGCUGCGAUCCAGUGCAUUGCCGGGCAUCGGCACCCCUUUCUCUUAUGCAGUGCCCGGGCAGGCCAACGAGAUCGUGCUGAUAGAGUGGGGCAACAACCCCAUUGAGCUGCUCAUCAAUGACAAGGUUGCACAGCUGCCCCUGUUUGUCAGUGACGGCAAGUGGCACCAUAUCUGUAUCACUUGGACGACACGGGACGGCAUGUGGGAAGCUUUCCAGGAUGGGGAGAAACUCGGCACUGGGGAGAACCUGGCCCCCUGGCACCCCAUCAAGCCAGGGGGUGUGCUGAUCCUCGGGCAGGAACAGGACACGGUUGGGGGCAGGUUCGAUGCCACGCAGGCAUUCGUGGGGGAGCUCAGCCAGUUCAACAUAUGGGACCGCGUCCUUCGUGCACAAGAAAUUAUCAACAUUGCCAACUGCUCCACGAACAUGCCCGGCAACAUCAUACCCUGGGUGGACAACAACGUCGAUGUGUUUGGAGGGGCUUCAAAGUGGCCCGUGGAGACCUGUGAGGAGCGUCUCCUUGACUUGUAGCUGCCUCCUGCUCUGUCUAGGAGGCCAGGGCUGGGCUGUUCCUGUCGGAAGUGCAAGGCCACCUCCUCCCCCAGCUAAACUGUGUAAAAGCCCCUGCCAGAAUGGGCUGGGGCCCCCGAAGCUCAUUCCCAGGGACUCUUGGAAGGCCGAGACUCUGUAGCAGCCCUUGUUACUGGAUUCUUUGUUCCUUACCAAGAUUGUGUUGUUUUGAGGGGGGAAGAAGCCCUGAGCUUGCAGGUGGGCAAAUCGGACUUCCUGCUGGGGGUAGGGGGGGGAUUAAGGCCCUUGAGGCCCCGUACAGAGCCCCUGUAAUUGCUAGCGCAUCGCAGCCUUGCCCACCCUCUUGGAUCCUCGAUGUCCUGUGUGCACCUUCUGUCUGUCCCCUUUAAAGGCUGUGCGGCCAUCCUGCUGGAGUGUCUGUGUCCCUUGUGUAUUGAGUUAUACCCUGCUGUCCCCUGAGCACGCAGCAAAGCAGCCCCCGCUGCUCACAGAAGGGCCUUUCUCUUGGUGUUCUUUACUAUGCUCUGAGGAACUCUUCAGCUCUAGGAGGAGGGCAGGCUGCCCAGACCACGCCCUGCCUUCUCCAAGAUGGAGGGGGCAGCCAGACCUCCAGAGGGGGCUGGGAGCUGGAAAGCAGAAGGGAGUUCUGGAGGAGGGCUGUGGCAGCUGGGCCUCCGCCUCUGUCACCUCUCCCUCCAACGGAUGCUUUGAUGGACUCAGCGCUGGGAAUGGCUUCUUUGCAAAGUCUCUUUUCUCCACCGGUGCCAAAAGUUCAGUUGCAGCUUCUACAGCCAUUCGGUAUGGUCAGGGGGGAUUUAUUUUUUCCCAACAGAGAACAGCCAUUAGCAGCCUUCCAUUUUUGAUGUCUCGCCCCACUGUGAGGAAUGUGCUACUUUUAAUUCAUGUUGAUUCCUGUAAGCGUUUGACUGUCUCAAGUAUUUCCCCCAGAACUUUUUCAGGAAAUGGAAGUCAUUUGGCUGAUAUUUGCUCGGUGACUCCAGGUUGCUUAAUUUAUUGGACAGAGGUAGUAACUUAUUUUAAGAAGAGUGAUGAAGUGGGGAAAUUUAUAAAGCUAAAUAUUAUAUAUUUUAUUUUUCAUACAUGUUUGAAGUGCAAAUCUGUGGAAAUUCCAUUUGUAGGACCAAGUUGACAUGCCCAUCCUAACACUGUAUGCUACAAGAAAUCUUAUGAUGACGGAAUUUUGAUUAAAGUGCACUGGAAGAUG